AAUCGAGCCCAGCCGAACCGAACCGAGCCCAGCCGAACCCAGCCGAGCCGCGCACAGGUGCUUCUGCGGGUCUGUGUAGGGCUCUCUGUGGGUCGCUGGGAGGGUCUCCUCAGAGCAUGGCCUGGUACUGAGAGUGCUCACAACAUUUCACCAGCAGAGCGCACAGCAGCAUCAGCAGUGGCAUCCAUGGCUGCGGCUAACAAGGCAGGCGCCAGAGCGAAGGUUGGGGGCGUCCGUUUUGCUUCGGGCCCCAGUGUUGAGACCUCACAGGGCCAUGUCCACUUCGACGAGAAGCUGCAUGACUCAGUAGUCAUGGUCACUCAGGAAAAAGAUGGCAACUUCCUGGUCAAGGUUGGCUUCCUGAAAAUCAUGCACAAGUAUGAAAUCACGUUCACCCUGCCUGCCGGGCCAUGGCUGGGCCAGAAUGUCUGCGCUGUGCCUGUCCCCAACCUCAACCUCAAGGUACUCAGCAUCACUCCAGGUUCUGAAGGCUACAGUGUGAAAUGUGAGUACAUCGCCCACAAGGAGGGUGUCCUGAAGGAGGAGAUGGUAUUGUCCAGUGAGACCCAUGACAGUUCCUGCGUCAAAGUGGUCGUCCAGGCCCGAGUCAUGGACCGUCACCACGGCACUCCGAUGCUCCUGGAGGGUGUGCGCUGUGUUGGGGCCGAGCUGGAGUACGAUUCGGAGCAGAGCGACUGGCACGGCUUUGAUUAGCCCCUGAACCCUGCCUGCUGCAGUCCCCCUGACCUACCCCACUAAGCUGCUUGGGUGUCCUGUGUCCCCACACGAGGGGGCGGGGGACUGGGGUGGAAGUCACGCAGACUUUCCCUGGGAGAACAUCGAGGGCCAGGCCAGGCUGGAGGGGCACUGUCAUCUUCAUCUUUACAGCCUUAAAACACAUGGUGUCCCCUUCUCUCCUCCCCUAUAGGUGUCCAUGUAGCCCCAUCCCCGCACUGGCUUACAGCUGCCCACGGCACCCCCAGAUUUGGCCAUGGAGGCAGGGAGAGGCUGGCAUGGUGUCCUCCCCACUCUUUCCACCCAGCACUGAUGCCCGGUGUCCACCCUGUCCCCUCUCCCUCCCCACCCCUCAAACCAACACCAAUGCCUCGUCCCCUCUUUCUGGCUUGGGAGGCUGAACCGGCCACCUGAUUCUCCCAGGCCUUAAGAUGGCCUUAGCUUUGUUCGCCUCUUGGUGCCUCGGUAUAAUCUGCCUGUCUGUUCAGAGACUACUCUCUGCAGCUCUAGGUGGAGGUAGCGGGGGAAGAAUCCCGCCCCCCCCCCCCCCCGCGCCCUCACCCCCUUAGGCUCCCUGCUUCCAUUAUGCCAGUCUGUCCCCUUGUCCAAAGCUAUAGUGUGGCUUGGGAUGGGGCCUCGGGGGCCCAGGCUUUGGUCCAACUGACUGCAUUGCUACAGCUGCCCCUGCUGCCUCUUCCAAUUUUGGCCUCUGGCUGUGUCCCCUGCCCUGGCCAUCCAGCCUUCCUCCCCUCCCCCCUGCCCUCCCCCCACAAGAUGAUGGCAAACUGCCUGGGGGGAUAGUGGGGUGUGGGGGUUGGCGGCUAGGGUAGCUACUUGCGUGCCUCUGUCUCUUUUUGGAUGUGGGUCUGUGUAUUGGCCGUCCUGUGUUUUUCUUUUUUUUUUUUUUUUUUUUAGAGUAACAUUUGGCAAAGCCAAAAGGAAAUUAAAGUUGUGUUGGUAGGGGCCACUCACAUCCAGCCCUUAGGCCCUUUGUUCCUUUUGGGGGCAGGGGCCAGGGACAGGCACAGGGGUUGGUUGGAGGGCUUCUGAGCUCUAGCUUUAAACACCCAGCCUCCCCACCCUGAAUUCUAGGGUUCUAGGUGCCCUGUUGUUCUAGAGCAGGGGACCCUAGAUGAGGGUUGGCCAGGCCCCGCCGUGGUGGACUUUGGUAUUCUAGACUGGCACGACCCAGCACAAAACCCAUGGGCUCAGCAUCCCAUUGACCGGUCCCCAGCCCAGACCUUCACCCGAUGCCCAGGAGGACCGCUCCGCCCACCUGUUCCCAUCACUCGUGAGGCACCAGGACGCCUGGGGCCUUGGCCCCGCCCUUGUAGCAUACAAGAUUUUAUUGAUAACUUGCAGAAGUUUGGCAGCUCAUGCCUCCCCUGGAGGGCGUCACACUGACCAGUCUGAGGACAGUUUCCACCCCCUUGUGUCACCCCAGGCCGCUUUUGCUGACCCCCGCUUGGGACUGGGAGCCAGAGCUUGGUCCUUCUCACUCACAGCAGCACAACUCUCCACUCCAGUUGCACACUCCUGUCAUAAGUCGGGUCCAUCUGCCUUCCAGAUCUGGAGUCCCAGAGUCCUGUGCACCUGGAGUGGAUGAGAGUCAAAAUUCUCCAGGGGUCACCUCAUCCAGGCCCCUUCCUCCAGCCAGGGCUACCCCUAAUCUGUCCUCCAAAGGUUAGCCUCCUUCUCCAAAUCACCUGCAUGAUUCCUCCUCUGGCUCUGCCCUCAAUUCCUCUCACUGCAGAUGGAGGGCCCCCCUCUGCAUCAUGUGUGGCUUCUGGGUCCACUCAUAGUUUACUUUCCCUCUCCUUUCUUCCGAGACUCAAAUUGACCUCUUGGCCUGCUCCCUAUCUCUGCCAGGUGGGGCUUAGUUGAGCUCCUCCAACCCUCUCACUCCCACCCUCUGAGCUGGGGCCCCCGUGCUAUAUUCUGGCACUCCCACUGUGUCCUCGCUCCUGCUCUCUGCCUCCUCCCCACCCCUGCAAUUUAUAGUAUAAAAAUAAAAAUUUGAGUUCAAUUCCUCCCUUCUUCGCCCUCCUCCCCAAAAUAUAGAGAUACGGGAGGUAGAGGAGCAGGGCUGACCUGGGGGAGGGAAUUAGAUUGGCCCUUGAGGGCUCUUCUCUCUCAUUCCUUCCCUCUUACUCUAUCCCAGGGUAGCCAUACCUACAGCUUCUAUCCCAUUCCCCUUAGCCGUGGUGCUUUUGGCCUUGGCCUUGGCCCUAGGGUUGCCCACCGAACAACUGGUUCUCAGCCAGAAGUUUGGGGAUGCUGGGGCUGCUUAGUGGAAGGAGGUGGGGGACCCCCAGCUUUAAGCCUUCCUGAGGGGCAGGUGGGCAUGGCCAGGGCUGGCCGGGAGUAUGGCCCUGUUCAAGUCAACAGCCCCGAGUUCAGGCUGGGAACCUGCUGAGCUCCUCUAGCUCCCAUUUUAGGGGAUUCUACGAGUGGGCUGAACCAGAGGGCUCCUUCCUUGCCCCUGUGGGGAAGCCGGGUCCCAGGCCCCAAGGCUGCCCUGCUCCGGGGACUGGUGGUCUGUCAAUCUCCCCCACAUCUCUCUGUCCUGAGAGCUCUGGGCCAGGCAGGAGUGGGAGGAGGCUGUGGGUCUAAUAGGGGUCUCUGGGGAUCCAGGGCCAGCGGCGCCAUGAGGGAGAGGGCUCGGGGUUCUAGUUGGAGAGAAAAUCUAUGGCAGCCCGGACGGUGCGAGAGGUGCUGACGUCCACGGCUGUGACCUUGAUCUCGGUGUCGCCGAACUGCAUGGAGGCCCGGAUCUCACGGCGGCUGGGAGUCCCAGGGGUCCCUUCAUGUUGCUCUGGGGCUAGCUCCAGGCUGAUGGCACCACACUUGCGGACGCCAGGUCCGUGAUGUAGCUGACGUCUUCAGCCGCACAGCAGUAGACAUUGAUGACGAUCUUCCCUCUGGCCAGGCCGGGCCGGACAGUAGCUACGCCGGACCAGCCUCACCUAGGGCACGGACUGGUCCAUGGACACAAACUUCUCGAAGACGUCAGUGCACCAGCUCUUGCCCUCUUUGACCCAGCAGCUUGUCGCGUGGGGUGGCGGCCCGGCACGAACUUGUUGAGGACACCAACGCCGUAGGUGAGCGGGGAACGGCGCACGCGGACCACGCCAGGGUCUAGCCCAAACAGCACAGCCCCCUUGAGGAUGGUCAGCCCCACAUCCUGCGGGAUGAUGACCCGGCAGCCCCGGCCCCCGAAGGCGGCCUGCACCGCCCUCUGCAGCAUAGCUGACUCGGCAAAACCUCCGACCAGGAACAGGAACCGGACACCUUGUACCUCGGGGCGAUGCAUCAGCUUGUCUGCAGGAGGUUGGGGGGAAAGGGACAUGGUCAGCGCCUGAUGGCAAGGGUCCCAUGCCAUGAUGGUCCAGCCUCCCCCUUCAGGUGGCCGAACCAGGAUGGGUCCUUCUGCGGCUAGUGGGCCUGGAGAGAUACCAGGCAUCGGGGAAGCUCCUGUGUCGCGUGGCCCACUUGUUCCACAUCCCCAAUUUGGAAGUGAAGACUGUUCAGGACACAUUCCACUUGAGAGUGUAUUCCCAGGGCUUUGAGAGUCAUAAAAGCACCUGGCCUGACA